AUGCCUUGGAGCGUUCUGGCAUCCUGGGAUACUGAAAAGGACUUCCUGGUGACAUCGACUUCUAAUAUCAGCGCCGUCAUCAUUACCCUUUGGGCAUCUCAAUCUUUCAGCCCCUCGCAGCCUCUAUCUAUGGUCUUCGGGGACUAUUUUCUCCAGCUUGCAGAGCAGGUUCAGCACGCGAAGACUCAGCAAUGGUGGCAUGCAGUCGCCCCUCUGUACAAUCUCCUGCUUCUGUGCUGCUUGCCAUAUCUCUCAAAGUUCUAUACUGCUCACAUUUCCAAGACUCAGCCUCUACUUUCCGCUCCGCCAUCCUUCAAAACGUCCGAUCCAGUCCUCAAUUCAGACACAAUCUCCCCCAUCACAGCGGCAGAAGAGGAGAUCACAGGCUCUGACAGUGUCGUCAAGGGUGGUCCUACAGCUCAAGCCCAGUCUCAUGUUGGCGAGUCCAUCAACUCCCAAACCCUGCACGAUAUCACCGAGGGCGAGAAGAGACUCACUAGCGGUGAACGGAUGAGAAGUGGCCCCACGGCCACGGCUCAAAGUAUCCUCGUUCAGGAACGCAAUGAAACGUCCCCCGCCUCCGCCAACGAGCAACAUCCAACUGAAACGCUCAAGCGAUACCGUCUCGAAGAUUACUGCGGCUGA